AUGUCCAGACCAUUAUUUCCCAUUUGGCCCUGGAGACCUGUCUGCAGCCCCUCCUAACCCCUGCCACUGACUCAGAUACUUCUCAGAGGGAGACCUCUCAGGCACCCUCUCAGCCAGGUACCCAAAAAGGUACAUCAGAAGACUUCUGCUGAGCAACUGCCACAGAAACAGGGGACAGAUCAAAGCAGGAGAGGACAGAUGUCUGUGGGAACCAGAGCAAGGAUGAGGUACAAACAAACUGAAUCCUUUUACAGUUACUGCUGCAGUUACUUUUGGAACUUAAGAAAAGGACCUCACAUUUUGGGUGAAAUUCAUCUCGGCAGAUUUGACCCAUGUUAG